CAGACAUUUGCAGGUUAAUUAUAAUUUGUAAAAAAAUAAAAAAUUCCAGUAUUUGAACGAAAUUAGCGAUUGCAUUGAGUAAUAACAAAUGUCUUGCAAUCAAUGCGGUACUAAAUACAAUUUUUUCCACAAAGAAAUGGGCUGCCCCAGUUGCGGCCUUUCUUUUUGUGGUAAAUGUUUGAAGCAGAAGUGCAAGAUCCCCUCGAAGAAUAGCGAGGAAUUGAACGUGUGCAGAAAGUGCUUUUUGAAACUGACGUCGGGUGUGGUGGAGAAUAUUUCGCCUCCGGAUGUUUUCAUCAAGAGAUUGGAGGCGCUGGAGAACCCUUCAGUGCCUCCUAUAACAAUGUACAAAACAGACCCCAAUAUUGAGAAACUCCGUCAUGGACUUGAGCCUACCGAUCAAAAAUUACUGGAACGAUUAGAAAAACUUAAAGACGAUGGAAAAGGCCCCCCUCCUACCGAUAGCGAAAUUAUGGAAAGAUUGAGGAAUCUGAAAGGCGAAAAUAAUUACGUUGAAGCUCCCAGCGCUAGCCAGGACAAAUCGUUAUUCGUGAAGGACACAAGGACGGAUCAGGAAAAAGUGGACACAUUGCUGGAACAGUUCAUGACUGAAAAGGACAUCGAGUUACGUCACGCUCAAAAUUUGGAAGGCAUCGAAGCUAGGGUGGCUGCAUUACGGGAGCAAGGCAUUCGGCCUAACGAAGGACAGUUUAUCAAAAAUUUACACGACUCGAGUGGCUCGGAAGAGGAAAUCGAUAACAUAACUAAAAAAAUUAUGGAUGAGGUAGCUUUAGAUGAACGAUUACCUGCUGGUUUUUCAAAAACCGAUUCGAAAUCUUCGCAAGAAGAAAGCGAAGAAUUACCUUGGUGCGUUCUUUGCAAUAACGACGCGAAGUUUAGGUGUUUAGAUUGCGACGGGGAUUUGUAUUGUAACUCUUGUAACAUCGAAGUCCAUAGGAAUUGGGGCGACACAGAUCAUCACUUUGUACCUUACAAACCGUCUCGUUCUAACAAAUAAUAGCCGAUAGAAAACAAAUCAAUUCUAAUGUUUUAAGCGAGUCGAAAGAUGCAUGUUACGUAGGUUCAUAAGUACUACUAGUCCCGCCUUUAAGCUGGAAUUAAAUCAAAAAAAAGUUUAUUGAAAAAAAAUAUAUUUUCUUUAUUGGUAAUUUGUCAGAUAAAAACCAAUUGUGUAUAGCUGUCUUCUUUUAUUGUAGAUGUUGCCAAAUUUGUUACUAAUUUAGUUUCAUUUUUCUGUUGCAAUUUCACAAAAAAAUCUCUUCAUGUUAACAAUUAUUUAGUAAACUUUUCAGCAUACUAUCAAAACGCGUUAAAAUCUAAUUCCCCAUAAUUUAUUUAAACUUCUUAUACCAAUUAUUAUACAAAUGUAACACUUAACAUAUACAACAGAUAUAAAAUAUGGCAUAAUAAAAACGUAAUGAGAAAAUGGUUCAAACUACGAAUGGUUAAUCUUAAUUACUACGUUAAUAAUUACGGUAACUUAAUAAUAAUUGUACUUUUUUAGACACCAAUAAAAAAAGAUUAAAUUUCCUAUUAAAGAUUUACGCCAACUAAUUCGGUUAGAAUUUCUGUUGGGAUAAAUCUAAUAGUUUCGAAAUACAAUUAGUUCCAGAAAUAACGAUUGUAUAAAAUGUGAGUGGAACGCUCUGUAUGUCAACAUGUAGAAUGUGUAAUGGGACGUAUAAAUAAAAUAAAAAAAUAAUUAUCCACAACCGGCAUAUUUACGAAGACAUCAACAUUUUGGUCAAUAAACCACUGUCGUAGAAAUAUUGAAUAAGCCCUCAAAUUCGUGCGAAAUGUUUCAUGAACAUAUAUCGAUUGUGGAUUUAAAGUUUCAUUAAAUAUCUUAUUUAGCUCUAAAGAAAAUCAAACACAGUUCGAAAUUUUCCUUACACCGAAUAAGACACUAAUGAAAAAUUAGACAUCUAUCCAAAUAUCAAAAAUAUGAACUUUAUUGUACUUGUUUCAACCGGUCUUUCUUUCGCUUUGUUCAAAAAUAAAAACGUGCUAGAAUUGCAAAACCUUUUGAUAACCAGUUUUGUGAAUUAUAGAAAAUCCUUAUGAAAUCCCCGAAUAAAAAUACUAAAUAAAAAUCGUCAUAAAUUUAAAAUAAAAAAAAUUGAAUAAACGAUAUUCAGUUAAAAUAAAAUAGAAAAAAAAUCGAUUCAACGUGAUACAAACGACCUACGCAAGCGUUAGGACAUAGCAAUUUCGCUCGUCACCAAGGAUUUUUUGGUAACUUUUACUUUCAAUAGGCCCGGAUUCAAAACAACGUAUCUGGAACAAAACCAAAGUAAUAACACAAUUAUAAUUUAAGAUGCUAACUAAAGAAACUUACUUUAUAUUCCUCUGAGUCAAUCGAGCUAUAACAGCCGGCUUAAUUUUCGAUUUACCCUCUCUGCUCCGAUUACCUCUACCCGUUAUAAUCUGCAAAUGCUCGCUGGACUUCAACGAGCUCUGCUUCAGCAAAUUGAUGUUCCUGUCCAAGAACACGUCCAACGCCGGCACGGCCUCUUUCACGUACAAAAAGUGCAAGUCCAACGUAUUGAAAUUCUGCAAUCUCUUCGAAUGUUCGUCCAAAAACGCCACGGCUGCCAAAUUGUUCGCUCUAUCGUAGUAACUCGUCUGCAUGCUGGCCAGUUCCGAGUAAAAUUGCGCCACCUCCGUCAUGCCGCGUUGGUGGUACUGCAUCGCCUUCUGCCGCAUGUUCUCCCGUUUGUGCAGGUACUUGUUGGCCUGCUCUCGGUAGUACGUCGGCUCCCGACGUUCCUCA